GCUACAAUCACACAAAACAAUUUCCUGAUUCGCUCCAUAGAAUCACUUGAAGAUACCCUGCUUUCCAAACUAUUUCCACGUCUCCAAAUCUCUGCUAGUAGCUUACAAUGGUAUAAGCUGACCCCAAACGGCCUCAGAAGCAAAUAUGUACCUAUCUUGAAUAACCUUGAGAAACUCGCUUUCAAGUGUCUCUGUAUUAAAUUCCUACCACGAAAGCAUGCCGACUCAAACGUACAAAUUCAGAACUAA